UUGGCAUGUUUGCGAGCUAAGCGUUCAGGGUAGGAUGUCUUAUGCAAGUAGUUGUUAAUUUGUGAUUUUCGGCAAGAGCGAUCAAAGUUAGCGCUUGAUGUUCCUUUCUGUAUUUUACUACUGAAAUCCCUAGACUCAACUGCUACAGGACUACAUAGGCAAUCGGUUCAAAACGUAAGAAUCAUGAAAUCAAUUUUCGUUGUUCAAAUAUUUUCGAUGUGUUCGUUGAUGAAUUACGUGGAAAGCGGAAAAGCUCGUCGACAUCAUUUCCGGGACAAACGGCAGAUUCUUGGAGAUUUCAUUGCGGCUCGAACGACCUUGACGCCCUACAUUGACACGGAUCCACAGGGCGGCUCUUGGCUGGAAUCUGACCAGUUCCAGCUGACCCAGGCUCCGAUGGUCGACCCCUUCAAUCCGGACGCUUCGACCACAGAAUCUCCGGAAGAAGAAACUGAGGAAGAGGAAACCACUGUCACCUCCGCAGGAGGAGCAUCGGGAGCAACCAGGAUCAGACAAGGUGGACCGCGAAUCACCACGACCCCAAGACCGACAACGACGACGUCCAUGGUGGGUUAUCUGGUCAGCUCACCUUAUCCCUACGUUCCGGAUAUGCCAGAUAUACCGUUCUUUGGAUCCAAAUUCAACGGACCCUGGGGUUUCCCUCUUGGGCUUUAUCAGUCUUUCCGAGGAACUGGACAAUACAUCAACCACUACAAUUAUUACCCGCUAUCCUACUUUGGGUCCGCUUUGAUCCCACCCCGUUACGGGAAGGGCUAGCGCUGUGAGCAUAUGUUUGUGCGUUACUGCCUUACCGGACAUCCUGCAGCCUCCGCACCAUGAGGUUUUUUGAGAAGAAUUGUUGGAUUUUAAUGGCAGUUCGUUGUCACUUCUGUACACGAUCCAACGUUAUAAUAUUAGUUCAGAACAGAAUUAUAUACUUCUAUUGCUGUUGUUGGUUAAGUUGUCUCAUUUUUUUGUAAAAGAACAGCAGCGCAGUAGUACUGUUGAACCUACAUAAAUAUUUGUGGUAAUCGUUCUUAGUAUUAAAGAAUUCAGAUCAUGCGCUGCGAAUUAUGAGAUGCA